ACAUUUCAAAAUGUAAAAUAUUAGUUUCACUGUACUCUUUGGUUCAUACAGUAUAUUCUAUAUGUAUUUCUGUUGGUAAUAUACCUCUUUUGUACUGUAUUGCUUCUUAGCAAAUGCUCUAACAUGCCAAUUGCUUAAUUUACCAAAACUGUCAGAUUUAAGUGUAGUUGGAGUAAAGGCUUGAUGUGUUAGCUCUCGCCUUCAAAACAUGUUAAUAAGAAUCAUAACUCCGUAUUCUUCAGUAAAUCCAGCUGGAAACACUAAAAAAAGCCAGGCAUGUGUUCUGCAGUUUUUUUUUAAUGGACAAGUGGCACUAAAGGUUCUAGAUAAUGCAACACAUCAUUGCUGGGUGUGUGAUUUUUAAAAGUGGAUAGAACUACUACUGCUUUGUAAAAAUCUGAAACCUUGGACACUCUGAGCAAACCAUUUUGUAGAUUUGAUCAAUUUUGUAAACUUGCUGUUGGAAAUCAGUCGAGAUACUUACACCAGUAACUACCAUGAUUUAUUGUGACUCGUAGUUCACGGUUAAUAUGGUAUCAAAUGUUGAACUGUCUCUCUGUUUAAGCUUAAUAUGUAUGAAAUACUGUAUGUUGGAAUGGUGGCGUGAGAUAACCAUGGUGGGCUUUUGUAGCAAAAUUACUAAGCUGUGCUUUGCCUGCUUACUUACUAAUCUUGUUAUGGUGCUAAUUUUUGCUUAUUUGCAAUGGCUCAAACUUAUCUGUUCAUGUUUGUGCAAGGAUGUGCACACGCACACAAGAUUUUUUAAAAAGUGUAUGAAUGGUGUACAUGUCCAUACAAAUUAUUACAUUGAAUUUAAUACAUCCCAAUUUAAUUAAUGUACAGACUUGUUAAAAUAUUUUCUUUGUGUAAUACAUGAUCUGCCUUAUAUUUGGCAGGAACCAUCAUUCCCAUUUGUAGGAGCAGUGAAGAUAAGCUUUUUUUUUUUUCUUGCAUUGCCAUUUUUAAAAAGCUUAGUUUGUUUGUUUCUUUCUAAUCUUAUCUGUUUGCAGCUCUCUUCUUCCAGCAUUAAUUUUCUGUCAAAAGUCAUUGUACACUGAUCAGCCAUAACGUUAAAACCACUAACAGGUGACGUGAAUAACACUGAUUAUCUUGUUACAGUGGCACCUGUCAAGGGGUGGGAUAUAUUAGGCAGCAAGUGAACAGUCAGUUCUCACAGUUGGUGUGUUGGAAGCAGGAAAAAUGGGCAAACGUAAGGAUCUGAGCAACUUUGACAAGGACCAAAUUGUGAUGGCUAGACGACUGGGUUAGAGCAUCUCCAAAACAGCAGGUCUUGUGGGGUGUUUCCAGUAUGCAGUGGUUAGUACCUACCAAAAGUGGUCCAAGAAUGGACAACCUGUGAACCAGUGACAGGGUCAUGGUCGCCCAAGGCUCACUGCAAGGUGAGAGUGCCCAUGCUGACCCUGUCCACUGCCAAAAGUGCCUACAGUGAGCCCGUGAGCAUCAGAACUGGACCAUGGAGCAAUGAAAGAAGGUGGCCUGGUCUGAUAAAUCAUGUUUUCCUGUACAUCAUGUGGAUGCUCUGGUGUGUGUCGCUUACCUGGGGAAGAGAUGGCACCAGGAUGCACUAUAGGAAGGAGGCAAGUGAUGCUCUGGGCAAUGUUCUGCUGGGAAACCUUGGGUCCUGGCAUUCAUGUGGAUGUUACUUUGACACGUACCACCUACCUAGACAUUGUUGCAGACAAUUACUGACAAGUACUGCACACCCCUUCAUGGCAACGGUAUUCCCUAAUGGCACUGGCCACUUUCAGCAGGAUAAUGCGCCCUGCUACACUGCAAAAAUUGUUCAGGAAUGGUCUGAGGAACAUGACAAAGAGUUCAAGGUGUUGACUUGGCCCCCAAAUUCCCCAGAUCCCCAAUCGAGCGUCUGUGGGAUGUGUUGGAUAAACAAGUCCGAUCCAUGGAGGCCCCACCUUGCAACUUACAGGACUUAAAGGAUCUGCUGCUAACGUCUUGGUGCCAGAUACCACAGCACACCUUCAGAUCUGGUGGAGUCCAUGCCUCAAUGGGUCAGAGCUUUUGGUGGCACAAGGGGGGGAUCUACACAAUAUUAGGCAGGUGGUUUUAAUGUUAUGGCUGAUCGGUAUAUAUGAAUGCACGGCCAAAAUUGUUAUUUUUAUUAAUCACUGAUCAGUUUGCAAUUUAUGUAACUUAUGCAUUUUUUGUACUGUAUAUAGGCUUCUAAUGUGACACUUCCAGAUGAUUUACACUUUAUAGGUUUACAAAUGACCAUGUAAAUCAGUUUAACUGCAUCGCUUUAAAACUUUUUGCUCUAACUCUGCCUCCUAGCUCUCUGCAGCAGUUGACCACACCCUAUCUCACUGGCACCCACUUUUUUGUUGUUGUUGUUGGCUGUUGCAUUAGCCAUACUCCUGUGUACUUGUCUGUCUGACUUGUGUACUGUGAGCCAUUGGAAAGAAAAAUAAAUUGAAGGUGAUGACUGUUUUUUUAUAAAAGAAAAUGGUUAUUCAGACUCUGUUUUAAACAUGUUUACAUAAUUCUGAUUUUGACCCAUGUUACGAUCUUAGUAUAAAUGCAUAAAUACUAUUCACAUGGACAAGUAAAGAAAACCCAGCAAGGAACAGACUUAUUACUUUUUGCACCUGUAAAAUCGUAGUCUUGUCAUAUGCACUAUAUGGCCAAAAGUUUGUGGACAUCUGACCAUCACACCCAUAUGUGGUUCUUCCCUAAACUGUUGAAACAAAGUUGGAAGCACACAAUAGUCUAACAUGUCUUUGUCUUUGUUUUCCCUUCACUGGAACUAAGAGGCCCAGAUGUGUUGCAGCGGAAGUGAGGUCCAUGGAGAUAUGGUUUGUGAAGUUUGGAGUGGAAGAACUUGGGAGUUCUGCACAAAGCCCUGACCUCAACCCUACUGAACACCUUUGGAAUGAAUUGAAACUUGACUGCACACCAGACCUUCUCCUCCAACAUCAGUGCCUGACCUCACUAAUGCUCUUGUGGCUGGAUGAGCACAAAUCCCCACAGCCACACUCCAGAAUCUAGUGGAAAGCCUUCCCAGAAGAGUGGAGCUUAUUAUAACAGCAAAGGGGACUAAAUCUGGAAUGAGAUGUUCAACAAGCACAUAUGGGUGAUGGUCAGGUGUGCAGAAACUUUUGGCCAUGGUGUAUUUGAUCUUUCUGUGGCUAAAAACAAGCUUUCAAGUAGUAAAUACUAGGUGAACAUACAUCUUAUUUACACUUUUUUUUUCCACCGGAAUGAAAUAUUUGUUCUUAACUACUGGUGGAAGUAAGAGAAUCUUAAUCCCACAUGUAGGCCGGACUCGCCCUCUGGUGCUAAGGGGAUGUACUGCAGGAUUUACGCAGUUCAGAGAAGUUAAUAAGUGCCACGGCUAGCAUGCCUGCUGGAUUGAAGGCCUUUACAGUGCACAGAGGCCUUGUAGUAACAUGUUAUCAACGCGAGUUUCGCUACACACACCAAAAAAAACCCUGAAAUUGUAUUAUACCAAAAUCUUAAAUACUUAACAGAUGGUAUUUUAAAUUUUCUCGUAAUUAUAGCAAAUUAUCUCUCUGGAAGCAGCAUUCUUUGUUUUGUUUUUAAAUUUAUAUUUAUAUUGUUGAAUCUGCUGAAAGGGAAUGUAAGCUAGCCAGCGGGGGAAGCCUAGCUUUGCGUAGCUACUUCCUUGUUAGUGAGAGUCAGUAGUGUGAGGGCAAAAGCGUCAAGAAGUUUCACUCUGAAAGAGUACACGAAUUCUUUUCUUUGCUUUGUUUUUCUGCGGGAAUCUUAUUUUUGGCAGGUCACAACAGCCACUGAACACCACUCCUGUUUACAAUGGAGAAACAGUGAGCGGUAUGAAGCCAUGGAAGACGAUUUGAAGAAGAAGAAGAAGAAGAAGGCUCUUCAUGCGAUGGCUCGCUAAGUUAGCGGUAGCUAGUCAACUGCCUAGCUAAUCACAGUUAGCCGGCUAGCACAUGCUGAAAUGCUCUUAACUGGAUUAUCCAGAUCUUGUCUCGGGUUUUGGACCAUUUAAAGAAUAUAUUCUUCUACAGAUUAUUUGUUCGCAGUACUGAUGCAGUGGAUUGGCUUUUGUGCAGAAGAGACAAAACCCGCGGCUGGAGGAGACUCUGGCUAUUUUAGCUAGCUAAAUUGGCUAGCUAUAUAGCUAGCUACCAGCUAUAUUUGUUUCAAAUGUUUUGCUUUGUUUUUACCGGGGACCGGUCACCUGGAAACAAACAUUUCAGAACGGGGAUAUUAAACUCAAUCAAUGCCUAAUCCGGAGAUUUCUCACGACGGUCGGGGCCGGAGCCCCUCGGCACAAAGGAACCGCAGACAUGAGAGGCGGAGUAAAGCUCCCGGGAGCGGCGGUGCUAGCGUUAACGCCGCCCGGCGGGAGAGGCACCGGGACGGGAAGCGGCGCUCGUCGGCGUCACGGCGCAAGAGGCGCAAGCACGGCAGGGAGCGAGAGGCGCGGCGCUCGCCUGAGAAACCGGACGGCUUCGACAGGGACGGGGACGUUCACGGUCUGGCGGUGGAGUACGACGACGUGAGCUCGCAGUCGGAGCGUUUCUCGGGCAGUCCGUCACCCAGAGCGGACCAGUGGGCCGACCUAGCCGAGCUCCGAGACGGCGACGUGACGCCGGGAAGGAAGUCGCGCAGAGAGCCCGACUCCUCGGGAAGCCGACAGGACAGGGACUUGAAAAUCAAAGAUCAAAAAUCGAGUCGUGAGAAGGAAGCGCUGUCCAAGUCGCGGGAUCGGACGAGAAACCACGACAGCAACGGCAAGAAGUCGUCCGCGGACAACAAACGCGAGGCCAAGCGGCACAAAAGCAGAACCAAGUCGGACAAGGAGCCUCCUUCUGCGUACCGAGACACGCCGCAAGCCUACCGGGGCGAUCGCGACGAGCUGCGGCCCUACCGAAGAAGCCCGGGCUUUAAUAAAGCCGAGAGCCCGUACUCCUCCUACCCGUACGGCUACCAGUCUCCCAGCUACAACCAGUUUUCGGGCUACGGGAGCAAAAGGCUCUCGCCGAGCUCGACCUACUACAGCCGGGACGCGGAGCCGUACAGCGGCUACAGCGCAUCCAAGUCGCCGUCGAGCAAGCGGAAGCGCUCCCCGGGAAGCCCGUACGCGUGGCGCCGCUCCCCGAGUCCUUACGAAGUGUGGGAGCACACCUCCAGCCCGUACAGCCGAAAACGCUCCCGGAGCCCGUACAGGAAAUCAGUCAGCCCCAGUUCUGAGCAGAGGCGUCCAGGGAAAUCACGCUCACGCAGCCCAUACACGUCAUCACGCCGCUCACGCUCUCGUAGCCGUCACCGUCACUCACGUUCUCGCUCACGGCCCUCCAGCCUCUCACCCAGCACCCUCACGUUCAAGAGCAGCCUGGCUGCCGAGCUCAGCAAGCAGAAGAGAGCCAAGGCUGCUGAGGCCGCACGCGCCAAGAGCUCCAGCAACGCUUCAACCCCAACCAAGGGCUCAUCUUCCUCUUCCACUGCGCCCCAGCCCAGCCCCAUCACCAAUCACACAGUGAAGAAAACACGGCCCCCGUCUCCUCCUCCGGCAUCUGAGAAGGGCCCCAGAAGCCCUGCAUCAAGCCAGCCACAGUCCCCUGUCGACAAACCCACCAAGAGCUGCUCGGAGGUGCCUCCGUCUGGCAGGGAGGGCAGGGUGAAGGAGGACAAGAGGAAAGGACAAGCUGCUCAAGGGAAGGAGAAGGAGAAAGGGAAUGCUCCGGUGUCCUCACUGUCCUCUCUGCCUCUCCCCAACUUCAUAGACCACAUAGAUGGAACUGAUAGCUUGAAGAACUCUACACACUCAGGGAAGAAGAAACCAGAAAAGAAAACCCGCCAUCUCCUGACUGACCUCCCCCUCCCUCCAGAACUCCCUUGUAGUACGCUCGGCUCGCCUCAGAGCCCACCAGAAGAGAAAAAGGCCGCCACAUUAAGAAGGAGGCCAAAAAUAUGUGGUCCACGCUUUGGAGAGAUUAAGGAGACAGAGAUAGAUUGGGGAAAGCGAUGCGUGGACAAGUUUGAAAUCAUUGGGAUCACUGGAGAGGGUACCUAUGGACAAGUGUACAAAGCCAAGGAUAAAGACACAGCUGAGAUGGUGGCUCUGAAGAAAGUACGAUUAGACAACGAGAAAGAGGGCUUUCCUAUCACAGCUAUCAGGGAGAUCAAGAUCCUACGGCAGCUCAACCACAAGAGCAUCAUCAAUAUGAAGGAGAUUGUCACGGAUAAAGAAGAUGCUCUGGACUUCAAGAAUGAUAAAGGGGCAUUUUACUUGGUGUUUGAGUACAUGGACCAUGACUUGAUGGGGCUUUUGGAGUCUGGCCUAGUCCAUUUCAACGAGAGUCACAUCAAAUCCUUCAUGCGGCAGUUGCUGGAGGGUCUGGACUACUGCCACAAGAAGAACUUUCUGCACAGAGACAUAAAGUGCUCUAACAUUCUGCUCAAUAACAAGGGGCAGAUAAAGCUGGCGGAUUUUGGAUUGGCUCGACUCUACAACUCUGAGGAAAGCCGGCCCUACACCAAUAAGGUGAUUACUUUGUGGUACCGUCCCCCUGAACUUUUGCUUGGGGAAGAGCGGUACACACCUGCCAUUGAUGUGUGGAGCUGCGGGUGCAUUCUGGGUGAACUCUUCACCAAGAAACCUAUUUUCCAAGCCAACCAAGAGCUGGCGCAGUUAGAGCUAAUUAGUCGUAUCUGUGGCAGUCCUUGUCCUGCUGUGUGGCCCGACGUCAUCAAACUGCCAUACUUCAACACCAUGAAACCAAAGAAACAGUACAGACGCAGGCUCCGUGAAGAGUUUGCUUUUAUUCCUCCGACAGCCCUGGACCUAUUUGAUCACAUGCUGGCUCUGGACCCCAGUAAGCGCUGUACUGCAGAACAGGCUCUCAGCAGCGACUUCCUGAGAGAUGUGGACCCUGCUAAGAUGCCUCCACCAGAUCUCCCUCUGUGGCAGGAUUGUCACGAGCUGUGGAGUAAAAAACGUCGGAGGCAGAAGCAGAUGCCGGAAGAACUAGCUGCUCCAAAAGUUCCACGGAAAGAGCUGGGACUGGACGACAGCCGCAGUAACACACCUCAGGGUUUCCCUUCUGCUGGAGGACACAAAGGGCCCAGUGCCACUGCCGCUACCAUGCUGGACCCCAAAGGUCCUAAUUCUCAGCUGACCCAGGAGCAGCUGGCUGUGCUUCUGAACUUGCUCCAGUCUAAGAGCGCCCCAGCAGGUUCUGCGCAGCUCUCCCAGGCCAUGGGCUUUAAGAUAAACCCUGAAACCCUGCAGCACCUAGCCAAGGCUCUUCUCCCAGGAGCAGCUGAGCCGGAGAGGCCACCGGAGCCUCCUGCCCAGUCUCAGUCCAAAGCCUCCAAACCCCCACCCCCUGUUCCAGCAGUGGGCGGAGCCCCCCGAACCCCACCCCUGCCCAAGCCUCCGUCACCCCCCACUCCGCAGCAGCAGGGCAAACACGACGGAGAUGUCUCAGCCGCAGCCACGCAAACAGCCGUCACUAUGCUGCUCGCUCAGUUUCUUAAGGUCCAGCAGAGUGCAGAAGCCCUUGGGACGGAGGGGGCGGAUGCAACCAUUUCUACAGCAGUGGGGGCGGCUGCCCCACCUCUUCUCCCGACAGAGAUAAAACAGCCACCAGAGCCUAGCCCUGUUUCACCAGCGACUGAGGGGAGCGGAUCAUCCUCCAGAGCUCCUGAGCCGCUCUCCAUCCUGCCUCCUGAUCAGAGGCCACCGGAGCCCCCAGAACCCCCUCCAUGUGCAGACCUGGACUACCGGCAGGCCCCUGAGAGCCAGCCUCUCCUGUCCUCUUCCUGUUCCACUUCUGCGGGAUUAGGAGAAGCAGCACGGCCACCCGAGCCUGAUUAUCCUCCUCCUCCUCCACCGAGAAGCCACUUGCCUCCUCCACCCUUUCCCCCUACAGGCUUCGGAGAAAGCUACCUCAGCCACAUGAUGGGAGGAGGAAUACCCCCUCAUGCGCAUGCUCAUGCCACAUCCUCUGCCCCGGUGCCCUUCCCUCAUGGAGCAGCACCAGGUGGCAGUACUAGUGGAGCUUCUGCAGGAGCCAGUGGCAGUAUGGUGUUUAGCGGAGACAAGGACCAUCGCUUUGAGUACAAUCAUAGUCCUAUACCCGUGGAGGGCCCCUCCCACCCCCCUAGCAUACAUCUCUACAACCCUGCUAUUGGCCAGAAGGAUGGAGGAGCACCGCCCCCUUCUAUUCCGCCACCACCUCCAGGCCAAGUGUGGGGCUCCCCAUCCCAGUCUGGAGCUCCACCCCUUCCUCUUGGGUACGUCCCCCAUUUAAACACUGCAGCACUAAGGGGGAGGGGACUCCCAUAUUGAUUGGCUCCCAAGAAUGGGAGGGACAACACAGUGACACUCACACCUCAGAAAAGGACGACUGUAAAAGAAGCAGUUGCCAUCGAUCAAGCCAGCACUGAGUGCACUACAGAGGCACACUUAAUUUGUAAUAAUUCUAAUUAUGGAUGCAGGCAGGCAUUUCAUUAGGUUACUGUGGCUUGAGCUGCAGAUAGAGGGGUGUGAGAUGAGAGGGAUUACUUUUCCUCCUCACCCUUUUUUUUCUAUUAGUUACCCCUCUCUAUGAUUUGGUAAUCUAUCAAACUGCUGUCUUUUAAAUAAAAUUUGACCUUUUUUGAGCGUACAUUUACCAGCCUGGGUAAGUGUUUUUAUUAUCUGUACCUUAGUGGCGCCUUUAAUUGCAUAAGGACAGACUAGUAUUACAAUGUUUUGCACUACUGAGUAAAGUAGGUGGAAACAACUAAGAUAUGAAAUGAUUUUGAUGUGCUGUAUCUGCACAAGAUGAAAUGACCAGUAAUGUAGUUUUUUUUUUUUUUUUUUUUUUUUUUUCCCCUAAUGACUUAACAUUGGUGGGCUCGGUCCAUUUUUCACUGGAGGAGCUUUUUAAAAAAGCACUUGGCUCCAGUGAGAUUGGCAGCACUUGGGUGACUAGGCUCCUUUAAAUUGGUUUGUCUACUGAACAACUGAAUGAAACAAAGCUGUAUUUUCUCACCAGUUCCACCAGCCAUUGUCCACAGCCAUUGUAAAAUGGAACAAAGAGACCAGUUUAAUCCAAUUUCAAAAAGGAGAGGAGCGGCAAUGUGGUUUUUUGUUUUUUUGGUUUUUUUUUUUUUUUUACUAAAAUGUUUUUGUUCUUUUGGCAAAUGUUUAUUAAAGAAAUGCCAACAA